CUUGUGGGCGCCAUACUCUCUGGAGAUAUUGCGCGAGUUCGACUGCUUGCUCAGCAAGGGCACAUAGUUACGGAAUCAGAUGGCUGGGCUCUAUACGACGCCUGCAUUUGAGGGACGGACAUGAUACAGGCGCUCUUGUUGAAUCCAGACAUCGAUUCCAAUUUGGAACUUCCGGGAAACAAUGGGAGAACUCUGCACCAUCUACUCCGCACUCCGGCCGCCCAGUUUCAAGGUAGCAAGGUGAACGUCAUACAGCUUCUCCUCCUUACUGGCGUGGAUCCUUUCCAGCGCGAUAAUCUCGGCGAUACUGCCUUGCACCUACUUGCCGGACCAGUGCACUGUGAUAACCCGUCAGAUAGAAUCACAACAGCGCGAGUUCAAACUCGAAACCGAGUCUUUGGAUAUCUUGAGAUACUUACUGCGUAGAAUGCAUACGUAUGUA